UCCUCUCUCUUCUCGAUCGUUAUUCUCUUUUUUCCAGGCGGAGACAGAUUUGAGACCCGAAGAUGUACCCAAAUAACGCGGGUGGCAAUGACCAAAAAUCGCCUCCGCCACCAAUGAUGCAAAUGCAGAUGCCGAUGGCUCCAUACCCUCCGGCGGGGGCGGUCCCCGAGCAGUGGACGACGGGUCUCUGCGGUUGCUUCGAAGAUUCCUCCAAUUGCUUCAUCACUUGUUGCUGUCCCUGCAUCACCUUCGGCCAGAACGCUGAAAUCAUAGACAGAGGAGCCACUUCUUGUGGCGCGAACGGGAUCAUAUACUACUUGCUCGCCCAAGUGGGCGUCGUGUGCCUGUAUACGUGCAGUUACCGAGCAAAGUUGAGGGGUCUACACUCGCUGCAAGAAGAUCCAUGUGCCGAUUGCCUCGUGCACUGGUGUUGCAUGCACUGUGCCCUUUGCCAAGAAUAUAGGGAGCUCAAAAACCGAGGAUUUGACCCUUCCAUUGGCUGGGUGGCCAAUGCCCAGAAGAUGAACCAAGGUGCCGCGACGAUGCCUCCGAUGACUCAGGGCAUGGGUCGUUAACUUUGCUUUCGAGGUCCAUCCGAUCCACAAACUGUCCAUGUGCAUUUGGCGUAAAUGUGAGGUUCGGGAGAGCUUAUGAUAGUCGAUCAUGAGCCGAAAGAGUCCCCUAAUUUAUUCGCUUUUCCUAUUUUUGCCCAAAAACAUGAUUGAAUGUCUGUAAUAAUUUGUUUCAUGGCCCACUUGUUCGCAGUUUUAGUUGUAUCGCCCUUGUGCUGAUUUGUUGUAUUGGACAUUGGAAUUGGUUGUGUUAGUUUGGAGAGGGACAUGCGUAUGAGGACAAAUCAAGCUUAUCUUAUGCAUUUUAUUUUAUUUUAUUUUAUUU